AGUUGACAAGGAGCUGGAAAACGAGGCCAUUACCAAUCCAUGCAGCGAGUUCUACCAGAAGCCGGCUGAGUAUGCCAUGAAGCGCUAUGCGUACUACCUCUGCCAUGACUGUGAGAGGCCUUACUUCGGCGGUGAUGCUCAGUGUGCAGUACAAGUUGUCGGAGCAGAGUUUGACCCACAGGAACUUAUGUGUGGACACUGCUCCAAUGUCCUAGGUGUGGAGGUGUGUCCGAAGCACGGAACGGACUUCAUAGCGUACAAAUGUCGCUACUGCUGCACUCUCGCCGUCUACUUCUGCUUCGGAACAACUCAUUUCUGUCCAAUGUGUCAUGACGUGAAUUUUAGGGAACUGCGCUAUCAAACCAAAUUUCCCUCCUGCCCUGUAGGGCCCACGUGUAAGAAGCUGGAAGGAGUGCCGUGUCCGCUUGGAAUCAAGCACCCUCCAACGGGCGAGGAGUUUGCCAUUGGCUGCGUGGUGUGCCUGGAUUUGCCAUGAUGUUAGGUCAUCCUCAGUUUUGUGCUUAAUCAUCAAUCCCAUCACCAGGCCUACUUGAAUACUUCUGUGCACUGUUCUUUAGUCAUGUAGACCAGGCUGGACUUGGCUAUGGAAAAUGCAAAAGGAACGAGAGUAACAAACUAUUUUCACACACUUCUUUCUUGAAUUUCCCUGUAUGAGAGUGGCUCGUCAGUAUACCUUAACAAAAGACUGUACUCUACUCACCCAUAUGUUUUACGGUCGCAAGUUUUCACUGCCCAGUCAAAUGUGUUGCGGAUUUCUGUUCAACUAUGAUUUACGCAUGUUGUUGUAUUUGGUUCUUGUCUGGUAGAGUCCAGUGUCUGAUGUCAUAAUUAUGGUCUAAGAGUACGCGCGAGUAUGGUGUGAUGUGUGACGUUUAUGGUAUGUGGUGCAUGCAAGAGUACGCGUUGUCAGAGUGUGAGGAUCUGCUUCCGUCUGUGUGAGAGUGACUGUCAAGUGAAUGCUGUACAUGCGCAGUGCUAGUUUGGUCUGGAAAUGAGAGUCAUGUGUGAUUCGUCCGUGGUCUGGUUGCCUUGUUCUUGGUCAUGUGUUCUGUACGUAUUAGUCCCUGAUGGGUUGUCCCGAUUUGUCGUCGGUUUAUUACUGCUUGUUCUUUGUUGUUUUCUUUCAGUCUUUUCCCGGGAGUCUUUCCCGUCGUCGUUUUCAGUCUAGUCUUUUUUGUCUCUCUCCUCCUGCGCCUUCGUCAUUUGUUGAUAUAAUACAA